AACCAAUCCUCAGAACCAUCAAAAUGCCCAAGGCCGCAGCUAAGCGUGGUGCCGGUGAGAAGAAGGCCAAGAGGGCCAAGAAGGACCCCAACGCCCCCAAGCGCGGUCUCUCCGCCUACAUGUUCUUCGCCAACGAGCAGCGCGAGAACGUCCGUGAGGAGAACCCCGGCAUCUCUUUCGGCCAGGUCGGCAAGCUUCUCGGUGAGCGCUGGAAGGCCCUCAACGAGAAGCAGCGCGGCCCCUACGAGGCAAAGGCUGUUGCCGACAAGAAGCGUUAUGAGGACGAGAAGGCGGCGUACAACGCCGAGGCUGAGGACGACGAGUCUGCUUAAGACUUCCGCAGUUUUUGAACUCCACCAUUCUCUCUCUCUCUAUCGUGUACUAUUGGACUCCGGCGCGGCUGUAUGAUGGAAACGGACUUGGGUCGCUGGCAGGGGCGAAAUCUUUCCUUAUGUGUCUUUUGGGCUGGCGGCAGGGCAGGAUGGUUGUGCAGUCUGCUUCUGCUGCACCUUCGGUUAGGCAUGGCAGCUUGUUAGCUCGUUCUCGCGUAUCGCGCGUUAGAUCCUUGCUGAC